AUGAAAGCUUCAAAAACCUUUAAAAACAACUAUAACAUCUUUCUUCUCAACGUUACACGGUUAUUGAAUCUUCAUCAAUGGCAACAAAGCUUGGAAAAGACGAGGAUGCUGCGGUCGAGCUUGAGCUAUGUCUUUCUCUUGGAGGCCCCUUCAAGAAAGCUCAACCGUUAGAGUUCUGUACGGAAAGAAAACCUAAUAACGCCGUCAGAUGUGUGGAGGAUAUUGACGUUGAUCUUAACGACGGAGCGGUGAGGCAUGAGAACAAUGAGACGAGGACAAAGGAAACAAGGAAGGAACGGGAAGGGAAGCAGCAGCAGAGAAGCGGAGGAGAAGGAGAGUACAAGAGGAUCAGAACAGAAUGUAAAGAAGUCACUAACGGCGUGGAUCAGUUUGAUUUGAGCUUCAGUGGAUUGGGCAACGGGUACAGGUGGGGUCAAUAUAAGGAAAACAGUAAAGCUGCGACCAUCGGGUCACCCAUUUGCAGCUCGUCCGACGUAUCUGAUCCAAGUGGAAGUUGUGAACUUGGGAUAAAUUCUGACCAAACCAAACCGGUUAAAUCUCCGGUUAACAACAUUACAACCCAUACAAAUGAAGGUCAAGAAGAUGCAGUGGUAGUGGAGACCCAAGAAUGGUCCAGCUCUGUAGCCAAAGAGACAGGGAAGCCUCCAAAGCCGCGUCCCAAGGGUAAUGGCAGUAUGCUUCCGUUUGCUCAGAUGCCAUGCGUGACCAGCACCGGUAACGGACCACAGGGCAAAACUGUUAAUGGGUUUCUGCAUCGGUACACAAAAUCAGAGAUCAGUAUAAUAUGUGUCUGCCAUGGAACGUCAUUCUCGCCGGCUGAGUUCAUCAUUCACGCCGGUGGAACCAAUGUGUCGCAUCCGUUAAGGCAUAUAACUGUUGUUCCGUCAAAGUUUUAACUAGCUUUCUUUCGUGGGGUACCUUGUGUUUUGUUUUUUUUUUGUAUAUAUUUAGCUGAUGAUCUUUUCUUGAGUUCAAAGGGACUCUUUAUUGGUGAAUAUUGUAGUUCUUGUUUUUCCAUUUCUGGUAUGAUUUACUUUACUAAUUUAGUGCAUUUUUUUGGUUAUGGAGAAAAGCUUAUUUGAAA